AAACGGUAUAUGUAGAAAAAAAAACUUCCGGGCCAAAGAGCGUGGAUUAAUCUCGGAACACGUGGAACGAACAUAAAAACAUGGAUACCGAAUCUCAUCAAAAAUUACAAGAAAAACAGAAGAAAAAAAUGACAAAACAGAAGAAACCAAAAAGGUCGCCAGAAAAAAAUGAAAGUCAAGAAGCUGUCACAGAGCCGGAGAGUCUUGAUAAAGCUUCAGAGCCUGUGUUUCCGCCAACAUUCAGUGUGUCAGAAAUAAAAAACAAACAACGGCGACACAUUAUGUUCAUGAAAUUUAAACAAGAGAAAAGAAAAGCAAAGAUGGCCUUGAAGAAGAAAAUUAAAAAGCAGAGGGAAGCUCUUGGUGAUAAGGCACCACCAAAGCCAGUCCCCAAAACUAUAGAGAAUCAAAGAAUCUAUGAUGAGACUACAGUGGAUCCAGAAGAUGAAGAGGUGGCUUUCGAUGAAGGAACAGAUGAGUUUUCAGCUUACUUUAACCGGCUGACGAAUCCCAAAGUUCUUAUUACAACAUCCGACAGACCCAGAGGGAGGACGGUGCGGUUCUGUGAGCAGCUUGGCACCAUCAUACCAAAUGCCCAUGUUUACUACCGAAGAGGUUUGGCGCUGAAGAAGAUCAUUCCUCAGUGCAUAGCCAGAGAUUUCAGCUACCUUAUGGUCAUAAAUGAGGAUCGCAAAGUGCCCAAUGGCCUUGUCCUUUGUCACCUGCCCGAUGGGCCAACAGCACACUUUAAAGUCAGCAAUGUGCGUCUUCGCAAGGAAUUGAAGAGGCGGGGUAAAGACCCUACGGACCAUUCUCCAGAAGUUAUCCUGAACAACUUCACCACGCGCCUGGGCCACAGCCUCGGCCGCAUGUUCGCUGCGCUCUUCCCCCACGAUCCGCAGUUCGUCGGCCGGCAGGUGGCGACCUUCCAUAACCAACGGGACUUUAUAUUCUUCAGGUUUCACCGAUACAUUUUCCGGAAUGAGAAGAAAGUGGGCAUCCAGGAGCUGGGGCCCCGGUUCACUCUCAAACUGCGGUCGCUCCAGAAAGGGACGUUUGAUUCAAAAUUUGGAGAAUAUGAGUGGGUCCACAAGCGGCACGAGAUGGACUCCAGCAGAAGGAAGUUCCACCUCUGAAAGAAGGAAAGAAGGCUAAUAUCGAUACUCUGGCCCAGAAGACCCCCACGGCGGUGAAACUGUUUCUGUAAUAUGGUGUUCAGUGCUACAACUGUCAAAAGAGACUGUUUAACAGAACGAGAGCCGAAUCUGAAACAUCUUUAUUAUUAAAGUAACACACAUGAAUACAGAUUAUUUAUAUUAUUUUAAACCGGUUUCAAAUAUAUACUUUUCAAAUCUCCAAGCUAUUCCUUUUUAUUUCUUUUAUGUCUGCCUUAAAAGUCUGGGAUGAUACCAUGAGAAAAAUAAACUGUGAAGCAGGAUAUCAGUAGUAAGGAAAGCAAAACAACAGGUUUUGCCUUAUAAACAGUAUCCACAGUAUAAUGUAAAAGUGUAUUUUUCAGCUUUUCACAUUAGCCUCAUGUAUACCUUUGACAGGAAUCUUACCAAAAUAAUAUGGUAAUAGUAAAACAGGUAUAAUGGACAAGAAAUUGAAUAUCUGGUUAUAUACUGCAGUUUAGAAUGCUCUAAAGCUGCACUCUUGUACACGGUGCUUAAUAUUAACUGAAAGUGCAUUACUGUAUAAAUGGAAGCUCAUAUAAGGAAAGUGAUCUUCAUUUUAAACUUGUAUAUAAUAAGUAGUUUAUGGUUUCUUGAGCUGGGUAGGCAGUUUGUCACUAUGUAAUGUGUGGUAAAUGGGCAGAUACAGACAGACAGAAAAUCAUUUAAGGAUCUCUUUGUUCUCCAUUCCUCUUAUACCAUUUUUGUAUUUUAAUCUUGGUCAGUAUUUGCUUAAUUUCAGAUAGCCCUGUUCUUUAUUUUUCCCAUUUUGGCACCCUGAUACCACUUAUCUGGAAGGUCAUCAUUAAGUCCUCCUAGGAAUUCACCAGAAACUAACCUUGAGAUCCCAGCAUGGUGGUUGCAGCAGUGCUGUGGGGUUGUUUUUUUUAGACAGACUGAGAUUCUAUUAUUGGUAAUAUUUCUGGCAAAUAUUAGUUGCACAGGAUUUUGGAAGGAUCCACAGUUUUUAUAUUACAGAAUUCCAACAAAAUUCCAAAAAAUGAAUUGUGCAGAUUUCGUGUAGGCAGUCACACAAAGAUUCAGUGCUGUAACAGUGGGUCUUUUUAUUUGAAGAGAUAUGACAACACUUCCGUUUUCAAAAUAUUGAAUAAUAUGUCUUUUCGUC